GGUUCUUUGUCUUCAUGGUUACCAGCAGAAUGCUGCUAUAUUUCGCGAAAAAUCAGGAAGCUUCAGAAGCUAUCUUAAACGAUUUGCUGAUUUUGUUUACAUGGAUGCUCCACAUAAGGUAGAUCUGGAACCAAAUACGAAUGAUCUCAAGCAAGAAAUAACCUGUGUCGCAAAAGCUGAUUAUCGAGCAUGGUGGCAUGUACCGGAAUGCUAUAAUACUAAGGAAGUGAAAUGUUAUGAAGGUUUCAGUGAUUCAGUAUCAGUGAUCAUUGAUUUCAUACAAAAGGAAGGUCCUUUUGAUGGUAUACUUGGUUUUAGCCAAGGUGCUGCUCUUGCUUUUUUAUUAGCUGCAAUGAAACAAAAAGGAGAAUUGGACAUCGAUUUUAAGUUUUUGAUUUUAAUAUCUGGAUUUCCUAGUCGACAUAUGGAACAUUUUGAUUUAAACAAGUUACCAAUAUCACGUGUUCCAUGUCUUCAUGUUUAUGGUCUUGCUGAUGAAAUUAUCUCAUGCGAUUUGAGUAAAAAAUUGGUGAAACUAUUCGACAAAGAAAUGGUUGUUGUGGUUGAGCAUCCCGGUGGGCAUAUGAUGCCUAGUACUUCGAAGUAUAAAACUAUGAUUGAUUGUUUUUUUGGAAUUGUUCAAAAUUUAGUCAGUGCUUGA